CAAUGAUUUCCCUCACAGUUGUUCGUCGAUCGCCAAGUGUGUCUGUUCUUUUUCUCGUUCCAUAAAUCGGAUCGAACAGCUACUACUAUUCUUAUACAGAAGAAGAUUUGUUUUUCUAUCAAGAGAAUUUUCUUUUUUAACAAUCAUCAUGGUGAACAAACCAAAUGAUAACAAUACUGAGCCAUCCUUCAAAAUUGAAAACAAAGUGGUGAAAGGGAAAGUGGUGAAAUAUGACAGUCGAUAUACCAGCACAGGCAAAUUGUUGCUUGACACUUUGAGGAAUAACUCGAAUAUCAUUGGUCAGGUAGACGCAAUCACAGAAGAACAAGAGACUUUUGCGGACAUUGCAGACCGUACGAUAAAGUGUGCACUGUGGUUGCAAAAACAUGGAGUCGGGAAAGGAGACAUUGUCGCAAUUUCCUCGCACAAUCACAUGGAUACUAUAAUUCCUUAUAUUGCUGCGCUCUAUCUCGGUGCCAUUGUCAAUUCGUGGGACUAUGGGAUGAACACUCAAUUGGCCAGACAUUUCAUAACACUGACGAAGCCGAAGGUGAUCUUCGCGAAUGAAAAGUCGAUGGCUGUCGUGCUAGAGGCGGCAAAGAUCGAGAUUUAUCAUCCGAAAACUGUUACUUUUGGCCACUAUCCCGGCACAACACUCUUCACGGAGACGUUGAAUGGCCAUUCGAAAUCGGCAGUGGAGAACUUCCAAUGCGUGGAGAUCAAUGAUCCCGAGAACACCUGUAUAAUUCUGUUCUCGUCUGGAACAACGGGCUUGCCGAAAGGUGUGCAAAUCUCUCACAGAUCAAUUAUAAAUGGGCUGCAGUUAAACGAGGGCUUCGCAUUGAACUCACAUGUAUCAAUGUGGUUCAGUUCUUUAUACUGGAUCAGCGGAUCGCUACUCAGUUUGAAGAGUAUUAUUUCUUGCGCCAAGAGAAUCAUCGGCCCAGAAUUCGACGAAAAAUCAGCCUGCGAAAUUAUCGAAAAGUUUAAGGUCACGUGGUUGAUGCUCAGUACCAGUAUGUCAAAUCGAUUCGUACGGUAUGAUCGUUUGCACGAUUAUGAUCUCAGCUCUUUGAGUAUACUGUUCACUGGUGGUGCGACGUUGAAACAAGACUCUCAAGAUUUAUUGAAAAAAAACUUACCGAAUACAACAGUUCUACAAGCGUAUGGUAUGACGGAGCUUGGUGGUGUGAUUACCACACAAUUACCAGAUACCACGAGCGGGUCUUGCGGCGUGGUUACAACAAAUUGUGAAGUGAAAAUCAUAGACACUGAAACGGGGGAGACUCUUGGUCCAAAUCAAAAUGGCGAGCUCUGCGCGAAAUCGUGGACGAUCACGACAGGAUAUUUUAAAAACCCUGAAGCUACCAAGAACGCCAUUGACAAAGAUGGAUGGUUGCACAGUGGCGAUUUAGCUUAUUACAACGAGAAAGGGGAGUUUUUCAUCGUGGACAGGCUGAAGGAAAUUAUUAAAUACAGGGGAUACCAAAUACCGCCGACCGAAAUUGAAACCCUUCUGCAAUCUCACCCCGCAGUUUUAGAAGUGGGAGUGGUUGGUGUACCACAUCCUACGGACGAUGAACAUCCCGUUGCUUUUGUCAGCAAGAUGCCUAAUAAGGAAGUUUCCGCGGAAGAAUUGAUAAAGAUGGUGGCUAGUAACAUGAUCGAUCAGUACAAACUGCGUGGCGGCGUGAAAUUUUUACCAAGUCUUCCGCACACUCAUUCAGGCAAGAUCUCGAGGAAAGAAUUGAAAGCAAUUGCGAAGACGCUCGUAAUUUAUUAAGUUGACACGCGCUUCAACGAACGUUACUUAGAAAGAGA